AGUUAUAUGUAUGGGUGAUUUUACAGCAUUGACAAUUGCCAAACGUUUUGUUCCAAUUUUUCCCCUCUCUCCCCCAAACCUCCUCCCCUAGAUGGCAGGAUGACCAGUAGAUGUUAAAUAUAUUAAAGUAUAAAUUAGAUACACAAGGGUUUCAGCAUUCGAAGCGGCAGGUGCUGCGGACGCUCGUGUUCCUUCUCUCUCUUCCGGCAUCGGAGUGAGGGUGUUCCCAACUGGCCGCGGCUACGCUGGAGGCAAGGUUUUCAUUCCAUCAUGAAUUAUGGAAAUCCUCCACCCUACUCGGACCCAGGCCCAACUGCCCCAUAUCCACCAUAUAUACAGCAACCAGGUAGUUCUCAAGCAUAUCCUCCUGCUAGGCCUUACCCUGCUGGGCCUCCAGGGCCUUAUCCACCCCCUAAUACAGGGUAUCCAUAUCAAGGCUAUCCACAGUAUGGCUGGCAGGGUGGACCACCUCCAGAAGCUCCCAAAACCACAGUAUAUGUAGUGGAAGACCAAAGAAGGAAUGACACAGGCUGCCUCACAGCUUGCUGGACUGCUCUCUGUUGCUGUUGCCUUUGGGACAUGCUCACUUGACCACUCUCAACCUCUUCUUACCAGAAGGCUUUGAAUCCUCAGAUGAUGGAGUUCUGAGUCCUGAUCUCUUUCUCUUGCUAUAAUGAAUGAUGACAGGUUCUGCACAAACAUCUCAAUUACAGCCUAAUGGAAUCCUAGAUUGUAGUGAUUUUUGCCAUUUAAGUUAGUAACAUGAUCUUUUUAAUGUUAA